UUCUUUCUUGGUUCGCUCAGUUCCGCGUUCUCACCCCAGCUUAUCGCCACUCACGGGAAGCACGACUCGAUCCUCUUUGCUUCAACAGACAGGCUCUAGCUCAGUCCAGGGAACGCUAGAUCUGACACCGGAAGAAUAAGGAACCAUACCUUCCCUUCUUGACGCCGAUGCGCACUUCGAAAGCGCACGUCUUGGAUUGAAAGGUUCAUCACAAUUAGAAUGGUGAUCAUACCACUGGCUAGUGUGUUUAAUUGUUGGUUUCAGGCUACUUUGUAAGUGAAAUUGAAAGAAUACACCGGCACCACAAUACCUAUUGAAUAGAUGUGCUUUGAAAGAGCUUGAUCAACAGGUGUGAAGGCAGCAGAACAAGGAGGCGCCCUGCACCUGCACUCUUUACCAGUGAGUAGAGUGGUACUACUGUAGCCUCAAAAGUUUGCAAAGUACUGCAAGAGGGUCAGAGACAAAGGAGGAAAACAAAAAGCCGAUUGGCAUUUAUAAAGAAAAACAAGUGAUAGAGAGAAAGAGAGAGGGAGGGACAGAGAGAGAGGAAGAGAGAAAGCGGGACAACCCUUGGAGAAUAGCAGAAGACCCGGCCCCCGGCCUGAGUGUAAGAGAGAGAGAGAGGGCGAGGGAGCGUUUUAAAGCCGGCACAGGCAUGAUGUCCUACAUUAAGCAGCCUCAUUACGCCGUGAACGGGUUAACUCUGUCUGGUCCUGGCAUGGAUCUACUACACUCUGCCGUCGGAUACCCAAACAUCCCCAGAAAGCAGCGUCGGGAAAGGACCACGUUUACGCGCGCGCAGUUAGACAUCUUGGAGGCACUGUUUUCCAAAACGCGCUACCCCGACAUCUUCAUGAGGGAAGAAGUGGCCCUCAAGAUCAACCUACCAGAGUCUCGUGUACAGGUAUGGUUCAAGAACCGCCGUGCUAAAUGCCGCCAGCAGGCACAGCAGAGCACAGGCCAGUCUAAACCUCGUCCACCCAAGAAGAAGGCCUCUCCAGCCCGGGAGGCCAACUCUGAGGCCAGUGUCAACACCAACGGGUCCUACAGUCCAGUACCCCCUCCCCUUGGCCCCGCCAUCACCCCCAGCUCCAGCAGUGCCAACGCGACCGUGUCCAUUUGGAGCCCUGCCUCCAUCUCCCCGCUGCCAGACCCCCUGUCAGCCUCCACCACGCCCUGCAUGCAGCGCUCCUCUGCCUACCCCAUGACCUACACCCAGGCCCCGGCCUACACCCAGAGCUACGCAGGCUCGUCCUCCUACUUCACUGGCCUGGACUGCAGCUCCUACCUGUCUCCCAUGCACUCACAGCUCUCCGCCACCGGGGGCGCCCUCAGCCCCAUCACCUCCAUGGGCGGGCACCUCGGCCAGUCCCCUGCCUCUCUGUCUUCGCAGGGCUACACAGCCGCCUCGCUGGGCUUCGGGGCCGUCGACUGCCUGGACUACAAGGACCAAGCUGCCUCCUGGAAACUCAACUUCAACGCAGCUGACUGCCUGGACUACAAAGACCAGAACUCCUGGAAGUUCCAGGUCUUGUAGGUUGGAGGAGGUAAGGAAGGGACCAGCCAGGAGAAGCUCCCAUUCCAUUCAGUGUUAAAGACUUGGACACAUAGAUGGUCAACUAAUCAUUUCAGUCCACGAACUCAAUGACUGAGAAAAUGUCAUUAUUUUUUGUUUUAUGGAAAGCAAUGUGGAAGCAGAUCCACUGAUGUUGGGCUUUGUGAUUUUUUGUGAAGGUGACAAGAAUCAAUAUUGUUAAAUCAAUGAUAUCCAAUCAAUACAGUAUUAUCAACGUGAGGAUGCACAAUCAAUGGGACAUUGAGGUAAUAAAGUUAGUCAUAUAGAAGUGAUGACAAACAAAUCGACAUGUAAGAAGAUAAUUGAGAUACUAAAAUUGAGAACUGAUUUUAAAAAGGAAUACAUACCACACGAUUGAAAGCAAUACCUGUAGAAUGAAAUUAAUUUGAUGAUUACAUUUUGAAAAACAGCAUAAUUAACAAAGGUCCAUUCUUGUAUGCCAUAAUCAGGGUUUUGAGGACCAAAUGAAUAGAGAUUUGCAAUUUGAAGGCUGGAUGAUGUAUCAAUUUGAUGGAGAGAACAAAACGGAUAUUAAAAAAAGGAUAUUAAAUAUUGGUUGCAAUGAAUCCCAUUGGUCAGGUAGCUGAUAGUCAACCCCAAGUUGAUUUCUGAACAAGAUCUGUCACUCUUUUAGUGGUCUUGUUGUGCUUAAUGGUAACCUAGAAUUAGAAUGGAAAAGUGGAAUUCCACCCCCAAGAUGGGUGGGCUGGCCUUGACUUUAGACCAAAUUGGAUUCAGUGGUUAUUUUUGUCAUUACUUCAGGACAAUUGAACGUUGUGUCCAUUGUAAUGAAGAAAAUGACCCUGCCUUGAAUUUGAUAUUGAACAAACAGAGGGAGUUCCAGCAAUAGGUGGAGACUGACUCCAAUGGGGACAAUGUUGUUUUCUUUUUCCCUCUGUCAUUCCUUUUAUGGUUUAUUUUUGUUAUGAAGCUGCUUUUCAUAUUUGGUGAAUUGAGAGAUCCUGGAGCCAAACAGACAGACACACGGACGUGCAUGGGUUUCUCAAUAAGCAAGAGGGGAUGGGUAAAGCAAGGAUAACCUUUGGUACUGUCAAGAAGAGAUCAUAGGCUGUUGUUGUAUCCUUUUACCCAGUAGCUUUGAAGGGAGGGGACCCUCGGCAGACAGUGUGUUAGAGUGAAGUGGGGUAAAGGGGUAAAGGAGGGGGGCUGGGUUUAGGGUGAUAGGGUUAGUAACAAACCUCUUGUCUUUGAGCACCAAUCGUGGAAUGAAUCACAUCUGGGCACAAGGCAUUCUGGGAUAUGCAAGGAUGACAAAUGUGCAGCCUUUGCGUUUCUAUCCAACUGUGUUUGUUGGGCGGGGA